AUGGCAGACCUUCGAAUCUUGCUCAUCGGCAACGGCGGCCGUGAGCACGCUCUGGCUUGGAAGCUUAGUCAAUCUUCCCGAGUUGAGCAAAUCUUUGCUGUCCCCGGUAACGGAGGUACUGCUGGAUGCCCCAAGACGUCCAAUAUCACCUCAGUCAAGGCCGAGGACUUCGCCAGCCUUGUUAAGUUCUCUCAAGAGAAUGGCGUGAACCUGGUUGUUCCUGGUCCUGAGGCUCCUCUUGUCGACGGAGUCGAGGAAUGGUUCCGAAAGGCUGGCAUUCCCUGCUUCGGCCCCUCCAAGGAGGCUGCACGACUUGAGGGCAGCAAGACCUACUCCAAGGAUUUCAUGAAGAAGUACAACGUUCCCACAGCCGCUUACGAGAACUUUUCCGACUACAACAAGGCUGUUGCCUACGUCGAUAAUGUCGACCAUGACGUUGUUAUCAAGGCCACUGGUCUCGCUGCUGGCAAGGGUGUUAUCCUUCCCCAGACCAAGGAGGAGGCCAAGGCUGCUCUGAAGCAGAUCAUGGUUGACAAGGAGUUUGGCGACGCUGGAGAUGAGGUUGUCAUCGAGGAGCUUCUCAUUGGUGAUGAGCUCAGUGUUCUUACCUUCUGCGACGGAUACACUAUUAGAUCCCUUCCCCUUGCCCAGGACCACAAGCGCAUCUUCGACGGAGACUUAGGCCCUAACACUGGUGGCAUGGGCUGCUACGCACCUACAAACAUUGCGACCAAGGAGCUCACGGAGCUCAUCGACCGCGAGAUUCUCGAGCCCACUAUUUCCGGUAUGCGACGAGAGCAGCAGCCUUUCCGUGGUGUUCUCUUCACUGGUCUCAUGAUCACCAGCAAGGGCCCCAAGGUUCUCGAGUACAACGUCCGAUUCGGCGACCCCGAGACACAGACUGUCCUCCCUCUUCUCUCUGCUGAUACCGAUUUGGCCGAUAUCAUGCUCGCUUGCGCCAAUGGCUACCUUGACAACUGCAAGUUGACCGUUGAGAACAAAUUCAGCGCCACGGUUGUCCUUGCUUCUGGUGGUUACCCCGGCUCUUACCCCAAGGGCAAGGCCAUGUCUGUUCAGACACCGCCUCCCGGUUGCACCAUCUUCCACGCUGGUACCACACUCGACAGCACUGGCCUUAAGACAUCUGGUGGUCGUGUUAUUGCUAUCAACGCUGUUGGUGAUUCUCUCCGAGCCGCUGUUGAUGCUGCUUAUGCCGCUCUGGACAACAAGGCUAUUGAAUUCGAGGGCGCGUUCUAUCGCAAGGAUAUUGCCCACCGAGCGUUCCGCUCUACCGCUCAGGCUUCCAUGACUUAUGCCCAGGCCGGAGUUGACAUCCAAGCCGGUAACGACUUUGUCGAGAAGAUCAAGAAGGCUGUUGCCAGCACCAAGCGACCUGGUGCUGAUGCUGAGAUUGGCGGCUUCGGUGGUGAGGUUGACCUCUCCCAGGCUGGCUACCCCCAGGCUCCCAUCAUCGUUGGCGCUAUCGACGGUGUUGGCACCAAGCUCAUGAUUGCGCAGGAGAUGAAGAAGCACGACACCGUUGGUAUUGAUCUGGUUGCGAUGAACGUCAAUGAUCUUGUCGUCCAGGGUGCUACUCCUGUCAUGUUUCUUGACUACUAUGGUUGCAGCAAGCUGGAUCUCUCCACGGCUGCUGAUUUCGUCCAGGGCGUUGCUGAUGGCUGCCGUCAAGCUGGCUGUGCCCUUGUUGGUGGCGAGACCGCCGAGAUGCCCGGCAUGUACCAGAAGGAUGACUACGAUGCUGCUGGCUGCGCUGUCGGCACUGUCACUGCUGAUGCCAAGCUCCCUCGAAAGGACGACAUGGCCCAGGACGAUGUUCUCCUCGGUCUAGGUUCAGUUGGUGUGCACUCUAACGGUUUCUCCCUCGCUCGCCACAUUGUGUCUCGUGCUGGUCUCAGCUACACUGACCCUGCUCCUUGGGACCAGUCAACCACCGUUGGCGAGUCUCUCCUCACCCCUACCCGAAUCUACGUCAAGUCUCUCCUCCCUGUUCUCCCCCACGUCAAGGGUCUUGCUCACAUAACUGGCGGUGGUCUCGUCGAGAACGUGCCUCGCAUGAUUCCCGACUCACUCGCUGCCGAGAUUGAGUUCGGCUCAUGGGAGAUCCCUCCUGUCUUCAAGUGGCUCCGUGAUGCUGGUAACGUUGAGCCCAUCGAGAUGUGCCGCACCUUCAACUCUGGUGUCGGCAUGGUCAUUGCCGUCGAUGCCGCCAAGGCCGACACAGUUGCACAGGCUCUUACCGAUGCUGGUGAGAAGGUGUACCGCAUCGGACGUCUCACUCGCCGUGACCAAGGCGAAGCUUGCUUGAUCCACAAUGUCGACUCGUGGAAAGCCGAGACCGCGGUGCCUAGCAAGCGCAAGGAUAUUGGAGCGUAA